CGGCCACAUCUGGUACUCUGUGUACGGCCGGCCUGCCAGCAGCCCCUUCACCCGCACCCAGCGGGUCUCCUGCUGCCUGUCCAUCAUCAUGUGCACCAUGCUGGCAAACAUCAUGUUCUUCGGCCGAGGAGACGACUUCGACCCGCCGGAACCCGUCACGAUCUUCGGGUUUGAUGUGCAGAUCCCCAUUUCAUGGCCUCAGAUCCUGAUCGGUCUCCAAAGCGCCGCGGUGGUGUUUCCCAUCAACGCCAUCAUCAUCUGGAUCUUCCGGAACGUCAAACAGCGUCCAGUUGAAAAGGGAACUUCUACGGACAACCGUGCUGUCAACAAAGACAAUGGCGCCAGCAACAAAUCGUCUACUGCACAACACAACACUCCAACCCCUAUGGAACUGUCAAGCAUUGACAUAUACCUGAUGAAUGCCUCGACGUCAUUGCCAGAAAAGGUAUGUUCUCUAAAUGUAUAGUUGCCUUUUAUUUGUUCCAAGAUUAAUUCAGCUCCCAGGUACUUAAAAACGGCCGGUGUUGGUUCUUCCCAACUCCCCCGUCUUAAUGAUAGUGAAAGAGAUUGGAAAAUAUUGAAUUCUUUCAAUUUCAGAGGUCCUUUCUGCUGUUUUAUCACCGUGUUUUUAUUGCCAUUAAAGGUUCGGCAAAAUACUGCACAACAGGACAGGCAGAAUAACGUCAAUGACGUGACUUCUCCAGGACAGAUCAAGUCUCAAGGUAAAUUUUACAAGCACAUAGAAAUAUUUUAACAAUAUCAGGCAGGAUGCACUGAUUUAUGGGUAAUUUUGUUGUUCGCAUAAAAUCAACACAUUGUUAAAAAUAACUUACCUUGCGGCAGAAGGAAAUAUUAACUUAAUAUUUCCUUCUGCCGCAAGGUAAGUUAUUUUUAAAGGUGGAUUGAGUCGUAAUCAAAGAUCUCUUUAUGUGUAACGAAAGCUACUGUGUGAAACGUUGGAAUGUGUCGUUUUCAUCCCUUUCACAACAAUACUUGUCUUAUGUACAAUACUGUAACUAUAUGUGUCAUGUCAUGAACAAUUCCAGAUUAAAUGUGUCAUGUCAUCAAUAUUUACAGAGGUAAAUGAGAAGUACGCUGUACUGGAUGAUCCCGAGAACGCCACACCCGGGCUGCUGCCGUGGUGGUUUGCCUAUAUUGGCUUCAUCCUGGUGUUCGUCACCACCAACACCGCCGCGUUCUUCGUCAUGCUGUACACGUUUGAGUUCGGGCGGGAGAAAUCAGAAGCCUGGCUGCUCAUCUUCCUGACGUCAUUCCUCUCCGACCUCCUCCUCCUCCAGCCUGUCAAGAUCCUCGCCAUGGCGGCGCUGUUCUCCGUGUUUUUCAAGAAAGCAAACAAGGAAGACGAAGUGAAGAGGUCUGACGUAAAGAAGUAUGGGGAGAUGGUUGCAGGCCAAAAGCAGGUAAUGACUUUGACCCCAUUUCACGCGUUUUCAGAGUCGACUCUUGACAGUUCAAGAACAAUACUAAGUAACUCAGUAAGCGUUUUCUAGAAUGGAAAAUUGCGCAAAAGAAAUAGAUCGGGCCAAUAUUCAAGUGUGCAUGCGCUGUUUAUAAAUAAAACUAAUCACCUGUCAUUUUUCAAACUCAUAGCCACUUACUGUACGUUUAGACAUAUAGACAUAGAAAAUGUGCCAUCAAAGGCUUUUUCCUCAACGAGGAAAAGAAAUCAAUGGCUUGAAAUGUA